CGAUUGCGAGUGCCUGCGAGUCGAGACCGGCAUAGCUAACUGUUUGUUGUUCCUGCACAACCUACGCAGUGCUGUGCAUCCAUAUUCGAGUCAGCUUUUCCAGUUCCCCUCGCUGUUUGUUGUCAAACUUCAGGCACUUGCGUUGAACCUACAUUCGUACUUGAAACUUCAUAGUUGCCAGUGUCAAAGCUUCUCUAGGAUCAUGGAUGGCUUUGAAGACGACAACCCAUUCGAAGUCGACGUUGACCGCAUGUCAUCAGCGACGUCUUCCACAUCCAAAGUCAACAUCUCGGCACCGUCAUCGCCCCCUGCGAACCACUCGCGUGUUGCCUCACCGACCUCUGCUACUCCAAGCCGCCCAUUCCCAUCGCCGGGAACACAAAAGCAACCGCAGCAAACCAAGACAGACUUCUGCUGUCAACGGGACCGGUGGCUACAUUCGGGAGAGGACAACGAGAUUCAGAUCUUGGAUGCUCUGAAGACAAGUGUGAAUUCCUCAACCCCUUACAUUACCUAUGUGAUUCGUGCUGGGAAUGCUGAAGCAAGGCAUCGCUACUCAGAAUUCGAGUCGCUGCGGAGCCAUCUAGUUCAACUGUACCCUACGUUGAUUAUCCCUCCUAUUCCCUCCAAGCAGACGAUCGGGGACUAUGCCACAAAGCAGGCCAGGGCGAAGGAGGACGCAGCGAUGAUUGCACGUCGGAUACGGAUGCUCCAGACGUUCCUCAAUCGGAUUGCCCAUCACCCCGUGUUAUCCAACGAACAUAUCUUCCACCGCUUCCUUGACGGCGAGGUCUCAUGGACAGAAGUCCUAAACUCACCUCCGAUAACGAACCUCCCCAGGAACAUGCUUAAGGCACCUUCGCAAAACCCGACCGACCCGAACGCCUCGCCGUCUUACAGUGUACUCGCCAACCCCUCCGCCACCCAUCCGUUGAGAACUCCUGACCAGCGCUUUGUAGACUCUGAGGUGUUCACGAAUAAGUUCGCCAAUCACCUCAGUGGUCCCAUGGAGAAGGUCUCCCGGCGCACUCUGAAACGUUGGGCAGACAUCGCCCAAGACUAUUCAGAGCUGGGGGCCGUCUUGAACGGCUUUAGUUUGAACGAGACUGGAGAUCUUUCGUCCGCCCUGGAGAAGACUGGUCAGGCGGUUGACACUAGUUACAUGUCAACAACCAGACUGGUACAAGAACUCGAGCAAAACUGGUCUGAACCACUGCAUGAAUAUGCGCAGUUCGCAUCCAUCAUCAAGAAGCUCCUUGUUUAUAGGCACCAGAAGCAUGUUCAAUACGAGAUGUCGCAAGACACGCUAGAGAACAAGCGUGAGCUACUUGAGCAGUACGAGAAGAGCGAACGAGAGGCGCAACGAUUGGAGGAUGCGCUCAACAGGGGGCGUGCGAAUAGUAGUACACCACGCACGUCUACGCCAGAGGACCAGGAUGGGCAAGAGGGGGACAAUACCGGCGAAGUCAACGAGUAUGCCACCGAAGAACCGUCUAGGUCGUUUCUGCCACCCCACCCUGGCCCCAGUCCUCUCCGUAAACGGGCACCAGGCAUGGGUUUCUUGAACGCAUUGAGUUAUACCUUGCACGGGAUGAUGGACGUGGACCCCGAGACUGCGCGGAGGAACGGGAUUGGCAAAACUCGAGAGACAAUCUCUCAGUUGGAAGAAGCAGUCCGACUCUCGAGCCAAGAUCUCAAAUACUCUAAUUCGACAAUCCAGUCCGACCUGGAUAGAUUCCAGCGGCAAAAGGUUGCCGACUUUAGGGAGAUGUCAAUUCGCAUGGCUCAAAGCCACAGGGAGUGGUGUAAAAAGAACCUGGAGGCUUGGCAAGCGGCCAAGGCUGAGGUGGAGAAGAUACCUGACCACCCUAACAAGAUUCCACCACCACAGGACGGCAAGAAAGCCGACACCGCGGCGCCGUCAGGAAUUCGGAGAGAUUCGGUUACUACAGUCAACGGACGCUGACAAACUUUCUCCGAGCUACAUAAUGUGAACUAGUUUCGACUUUAUGCUUCGUUUCGUUAGGCUCGCUUCUUCAUGUAAUAAGGACUUCAUCUGUAUCCAUUGGCUCGAGUUCCUGGAACCCUUGCAUUAUUAUGAACGCAA